AUUCUGUUGAUUAAGUUAAACUUUUUACAACAAAGAUUAUAUAUAUGUGUGACAUUCUACCACCCAAAAUGUCUGACCGGACUACUGAUUUGGAGGCCAGUUUGACAUCAAUGGACUGGCUGCCGAAAUUAAAUGUCCGAGACAUCAGUGAAAAAGCAAAAAACGAAAAAGAAGAAAAAUCAAAGAAAAAAACAAAUGGUGAUGCAGAUGGUGAUGGACAUUCAAAAGAUGGUAAACCUCCUUACAGUUAUGCAAACCUGAUCACCCUUGCGAUAAAUUCAUCAAAAAGCAGAAAAAUGACAUUGAGUGAGAUAUAUAGUUGGAUAUGUGAGAAUUUUCCUUAUUAUCAAGAUAUUGGAACUGGUUGGAAGAACUCCAUUCGACACAAUUUAUCUUUAAAUAAAUGUUUUAUGAAAGUUGCGAGAACAAAAAAUGAUCCUGGGAAGGGAUCAUAUUGGGCAAUUGACUCUAGUCCACAAGAUGAACCAAUACCAUUCAAAAGAAAACGACAUUCUGAUGAAAUGAAUCAGAUUCGAUAUGAUGAAAGUUCCGGCACAAGUUUUAACAGUUCAAGUGGAAGUCCUACGUUUACGCCGUCAGCACCACCAUAUGCUGCAAUGACAUCACCUGAACAUGCAGGAAGUCCUUCACAUCACUCGACACCUCUCAAUCACUUCCAUUCGCCGCUGUUACCUCACAACGAUCAUAAUAAUAAUCAAAAUGUUGAUUCAAGUUUCAACCUGACAAAUCUGCCAUUAACAGAUUUGAGUGCUUCAUUUAAAAGUUUUUACAGAUCUGUAAUUGAACCAACUUCACAAGGUUUCAAUAGAAGUAACGCAUCAAUAUGUAGCAAUGAUCCUGCAGUGAAUCAUUCUUACAAUAGUUCAUGUUCAGCACAAAGUUUUAACAACUCAAAUUCACAUUCACAAAUGGAUCAUCGACGCCAUCAUAUAAAUCACAUUUCUCCGCUCGCACAAGCACAUCAUCACAACAUGACUCCACAACAACAAAUCCAUCUUGACAGCUCAACAGAAAGUGGGCGAAUGAUGCAAAGUCCACGAACACAUUACACCAGAAGUCGAGCUCAUGAUAUGAAUAAUUCUGUAACAUUAAAUCAAGUUAAUAAAUCUUUAAAUAAUGUGUCAGGUUCUGGAUUCAAUUUUGAUUUGAGUAAUAUUGAAUCAUUGAAAAACAGUUUCAUGAGUGUCAAUUGGCCAGAAGUUGAUUUAAAUCAAUUUCCAGAUUUUCUGGAAACAAUGCAGAGGGCUGACAGUAAUGACUGGGAGUUAGAUCAACAGACUGCGAUUGAUUUAUGUAGUAGUUUGAGUCGAGUUUUUCAACAAUCUGGUUAUGGACAGCAAUAUCAUCAUCAACAUCCUUCAUCAUUAAGUGUUUCAACUUCAUCUUCUCUUGGUGACACAUCAUGUCGUAUGAACAGAAGUUACAUUACACAACCACAAAUAUCACCCCGGCAACAACAUUUAUCGAGGUCAAUACCAGUGUCUCCUCCACACACUGUAUCUGGUAAUAUGACCCACAUGCAGACAAGAAGUUUAUCAGGUAGUGCACCUCCACCUACCAGUUCAUCUAGUAUGAUGCAGCAAAAUUCAAUAAUUCCACCACCCGGAUAUAUUCCACCACAGCAACAAUCUCAACAAGAGGAAAUUCCUGAUACUUUUGAUUGGGAUUCAAUUUGUUAGCACAUAACAAUGAAUAGAACGGUUAUAAUAAAUUGGAUUCGGUGAAUUUUCGUAUGAUACAGAGAACUUUUAAUAAAGAUAGAAAGACCCAUUUGCCAAAAUUUUGAAUGUUAAAAUGACUAGACAAAUAGAUGUGGUGCCAUAAGUAAUCACUGAUGCUCCAAGAGAUACAUAAAGAUAUUAUUUGUGUUACAAGAAAUGUCACUGUUUGACAUAGGAAUUCAAGCAGUUCAUGUCUCUGUACUUACAAUUUAAUAAAAAGAAAUUUAAUAUUUGGCUAUAAUGACAUAUUUAGAAACAGCCCACUCUGGCAUAAAAUCAAUAUAUUUCAGAAAAUUAAUAUUUUGAAUUUUUUAACA